ACACUGGGCGCCGAGGACAGCGUUUUCGCCGUCCUGCGGCCUCAUCUGGAAGAUCACAGACGACCCGGAGUGCUGCAAAAAGAACUGAACAUGGCAAUGCUAACUGGCAGGCGACGGCCCCGCGCCGUUACAGUGAUGUGGUCAGAGGCAUUGAACACUGUGACACUGCCUGGACGGCGGCCGCCCAACGCCGGGACGAAGAUGAGACCCGCCGGGAAGCAGUCACCUCACAGCGCUCCAGAGCCCCGAACAGAGACUGCACUCACGGCGUCGGUACAUCUAGCGCGGUCGACGCUGUCGGCGGCGACGGAAGUAACGCCACACAUGAUGACGGUGGCUGGGAAGAGGAAAGGCCGCGCCGUUAUGGACCAUUCGUGCCAGCUAGAUACCAUGGACACCAAGAUGACAAUGCAUGGGUGUCAACCUAUCAGCGCCGUGAUGGAGACGGACACUGGGCAACAGCCGCCUCUCACCGCCCAGGCGCCCCUAGUCGAGGCAGCGAACAGGACGCCGGCGCUCCCUGGGUUCCAGCUGCCUCCCGUCACGUUACAGGAGGCGCCACACACGGUGGCAACGGCUGGAGGGCGACUGCUUCGCAAUGUGACGGAUCCGGAUACCGUGGGUGGCCCUAUCAGCGCGCACGAGAGGCCACCUCCUGGGAAUAGCGCCCAGAUGGCUACUCCUGGGGGCCAUCCCUGUCCUGCUGCCACCGCUGUGAAGCAUGACAGAGCGGAGUGCCGUAAUUCUGUGGACGCAAAAGUAACUCUGAACAUGAGCCUCACUCUGGGCACUUAUAACUGCGAAGGAUUUCUCGCAGGAGCGCAGUAUAUCGCCGACUGUCUAAUACCUGAAUGUGAUAUCUUAUUUUUAUGCGAAACCUGGCUAGCCCGUGCCCAGGGUGCUUAUCUGGAGCAUGCACUCUCCUCUCUAAGCUCCGAAGAAUUUCAGGUAUUUCAAGAAUUCGCCAUGGAACUACCACCAGGGACUGGAGAUGGCAGACCCCACGGUGGCGUGGCUUUUGUUUGCCGCCGUCAAGUGGGGCGCACAUUUCGCGCUGUAGAGUGUAAUGAUUCUCGUAUCUGUGGAGUUACGAUUGUGGAGCUGAGCCGUCCUCUUAUAACGAUAAUUGGCUGCUACAUGCCGUACUGGAAUUCAUCUGCCGUAAAUUUUGAAGAGUACACAAUCCUGACGGGGAAGCUUGAUGCAUUAUUCUCUUCGCUAAGACCCUCAGCUCCAGUGGUGCUUGUAGGCGAUUUUAACUGUGCUCUGCCGCCACUGUCACCAGAACUGCGCCCACCGGGCUGGCACCGUCUUCGGGGUUUCUCUCCGCUGAGUCUUCUAAUGCAAGACUUAUUGGACGACCACGGACUGACAGUCGCCGAGUUCCGGUUCUCGCAACCAGUGGCGUACACCUAUGCUCGAGCUGACGGCCAAUCGCACAUCGAUCACAUCGCUGUACCGCAAUGUCUGGUGCCUCAAGUUCAUGAUUGUCGCAUCGUAGUCCCCUGUGUGGACAACCUGAGCCCACAUCUUCCGGUCCUUUGCAGCGUGGUGCUGCCGUCUGCCUCAGCUGGCACCAGUCUCGAUGUCUCCAGCCCUCCACUGAAUAUGGGUUCCAUCCAUUCAGAAGUACUAGAUUGGAGUUGUCCAGAAAAACUGCAGAUAUAUUUGUCUUCUCUGGACGAGCUUAUUGGUGCUUGUCAGCUCACCAACGGUGCCACCCCGGAUGAGAUUGACGAAGCAAUUACACGAUGCAUACAUAUCGCUGCGCGAAUCGCCGGAUGCUCCAAGUCGCGACGUCCCCCGAAGCCCUGGUGGUCGCCUGAUGUGGCAGUGGCGCGGGAUCGCACUCGUUUCUGGCAUCAGAUAUGGGUAAACUGUGGCCGUCCUACCCUCUCAGCAGUGGCACAACUGUGCACCAAGAUAGUCACAGGCAACUGA